AACCCGAAGGAAGCCGCCCGAGGUGGACGGGGACGGCGAGCCGGAGUGGACGCCGUCGCCUCAGGACUCCUUCGACGGCCGCCUGUCGUUCUUUGCCGGCUCGUGGUGGGACGACGGCGCGGCGCCGGCUGCCCAGGAGGACCGCUUGCAGCACCCGGCGGCGGCCUCCCACGGAGGCGAUCCGGCGGCGGCCGCGGAACUCCACCAGGCCUACGGCGGCAGUAGCUCCAGUGGCGCCAGGAGGGCCGCCGCCUCCGCGGCGGGGCUGGCGGCGUCGCCCGCGCAGCGCCGGGCCGCAGCGGCAGCAUGGGGCGAGAGCCCGUCCAGCGGCGCGGGUGCUGGGAGCGGCGACCCCGUCCACGCGGCGCUGGUGAGGCUCGCCGAUGCCUACCCGCUGCUGCACCGCUUCCAGCGCAUCAACCGAGGUUUCUACCAGCUGGAGGGCCACGGCAGCUGCGAGGUGUCCCUCGCGCG